UCCUAUGAGUGGUUGCUUCCCUGACAGGGUCUAGGUAUCAGCUUGUUAAUGGUGUAGGACUUAUCAUUAGGUUUGGAAUUGUUAGUGACUUUCUAGAAGGAUGUUGAUGUUGAUGCUAAAAACUGUGGCAACAGGUUUCAUUGCUGAGACAUAUGCUUUCUUCCAGGGUAUUCGUACCCAUUUGGAGGAGAAUCAGGAUGCAUGGAAGGCAGUUUUUGACAAUGCAGAGCCCCAAACCGCUACAUUCCCUGCUCCUUGGCCUGAGAAGCUGACAGAGUUUCAUAACAUGCUUGUUCUUCGAUGCAUACGACCUGACAAAGUUGUUGCAACUCUUCAGAACUUUGUGCAAAACAACUUGGGGAAGGAAUAUGUGGAGCCACCUACAUUUGACCUAGCUUCAUCCUUCAAUGACUCAAACUGUUGUGUUCCACUCAUCUUCAUCUUGACUCCUGGAGUUGAUCCCACAGCUCUGCUGCUCAAGUUUGCAGAUGAUCAGGGCUUUGGAGCAAACCGUCUGCAUGGUCUAUCCUUGGGUCAAGGGCAAGGCCCCAGAGCUGUAAAAUUGAUAGAGGAAGGCAUUCGUAAUGGAACAUGGGUCAUACUGCAAAACUGUCACCUGGACAAGAGUUUUAUGCCAACCCUAGAGAAGGUAUGA